AUGAUCCAAAUGUUGCACUUGUUGUUAUUUUUCGUUCUGAAUUCUGUGUUCUUCGAACAUGUUAAUGGAGAACGUAAAUGGGAUUAUUUCGUGUUUAGUCAAGAAUGGCCACCUACUUAUUGUUCUACUCAUACGUGUAAACUUCCUUACCAAUUCGACGAUUUCAAUAUUCAUGGACUAUGGCCAAGUAUAUGGCCAUAUGGUAUUCCGACAAACUGUUCAAACAAAACACCUUUCGAAGUCGAAAAAAUCAAGCCGAUUUAUGGUGAAUUACAGAAACGAUGGGCUAAUCUGAAUGACUUUGACAAUCCUGAAGAUUUCUGGGAACAUGAAUGGAGUAAACAUGGUGUUUGUGCAGCAAGUGAUGAUUCAUUUAUAUUAAAUGAAUUGGAUUAUUUCAAUAUAUCACUUGGGAUAAAAAUGAAAGUGAAUUUAAUGAGGUUCUACUUUAUUUAUGAUUGA